AUGUCUGAAUAUGGAAAAUUCGGUCCGCUAAUUGGUGCCAUUGACGAGGGCACCUCAAGUGCGCGCUUUAUUAUUUUCAAAGCGAAUUCUUCAGAAGUUGUAGCAUACCAUCAGAAAGAGCUUGAGCAAAUUUUCCCUCAAGAAGGAUGGGUUGAACAAGAUCCGAACGCAAUUUUAGAAGUGGUUAUGACAUGCAUACAGAAAGCAGUUGAGACUUUGGUGUCGUUGGGAGGUUCAGCUAAGGAUAUAAUUGCUGUUGGUGUUACUAACCAAAGAGAGACAACAAUAGUUUGGGACCGAAGCACAGGCAAACCUUUACACAAUGCUAUUGUGUGGUUGGACAUGAGAACCUCUUCUACCAUUGACAAGUUGUUGGACACAGUGCCCAAUAAGACAAGGAAUAAAAAUUAUUUAAAGCCAUUGUGUGGACUUCCUUUAUCCCCUUACUUCAGUGCAGUAAAAUUAAGAUGGCUCAGUGACAAUGUUGAUGCUAUAAAGAAUGCUAUGAAGAAAGGAACAUGUUGUUUCGGAACCGUUGACACUUGGAUCAUUUGGAAUUUGACAGGUGGUCCAAAUGACGGGAAGCAUGUUACUGAUGUAACCAAUGCAUCAAGAACUAUGAUGAUGAAUAUUGAGAACCUGGACUGGGAUCCAUUGUUGCUUAAGUUUUUUGAAGUUCCUAAGAGUGUGUUACCAGAAAUUAAAUCUAGUUCAGAGGUUUAUGGUUACAUAGCUGAUGGUCCACUGAAAGGUGUACCAAUAGCUGGCUGUCUUGGAGACCAACAGGCCGCCUUAGUUGGCCAAAUGUGCUUGCAAAAAGGCCAGGCGAAAGCUACAUAUGGAACUGGUUGCUUUGUUCUUUACAAUACGGGCGAUAUUCGCGUCAAUUCUGGUCGAGGUCUGCUGACUACGGUUGCUUAUCAGCUAGGAAGCAAAAACCAACCACACUAUGCCCUUGAAGGAUCAGUAGCUGUUGCUGGAGCUGCUUUAGGAUGGCUUAGAGAUAAUAUUGGCCUUUUGGAAAGUGCCAAGGACUCUCAGGGUAUAGCUGAGAAAGCUACAGAAAAUGGUAGUGUUGUAUUUGUACCUGCCUUCAGUGGUUUGUAUGCACCGUAUUGGCGUCAAGAUGCUAGAGGUGUUAUAUGUGGAAUAUCUGAAGAUACAAACUCCAAUCACAUUGUAAAGGCUGCCCUCGAAGCUGUCUGUUAUCAAGUGCGGGAUAUCCUCGAUGCUAUGAAUGAAGACUGCGGUAUUCCUCUGCAACUACUUAAGGUGGACGGUGGCAUGACUUCUAAUGCUCUAGUCAUGCAAAUGCAAGCUGAUUUGAUCGGAAUCAACGUAAUAAGGGCUGGAUUUACUGAGAGCACCGCUUUAGGGGCAGCGCUUUGUGCCUAUUGGGGAGUGGAGCCUUCUAAGCAAGGGUCUCCUAUACCAAUGACCAGUGGAACUACAUAUACCUCUCUUAUCACCGACGACGAACGAGAUAUGCGAUACAAACAGUGGAAGAUGGCUGUCGACCGAUCCCUAGGAUGGGAACAAAACUAA